CCUCAUCAGCAGGGGCGGACUGACAACUCAUGUCACUCUGCAAUACCUAGAUAUCAUCACAACUACUUUGUACAUCCAGGUGGAUUAUACCGCAUUUUUUUGCAGGAUAAAUUGGGCUUUCAUUUGACUCCUUCCCAGGGGCGGACUGAAAACUUAUGGGGCCCCCGGGCAAUAGGGGAUCAUUGGGCCCCUGUGUCCUUGCCCAAACUCAAAAAAGCCUAUGAAAAAGGUACCAGGGGCAUCUCAUGGGGCCCCCUACUGACCCCGGGCCCUCGGGCAGUGGCCGAGUUUCCAAAUGGUCAGUCCGCCCCUGCUCCUUCCCCAACAAUCGAUCCCUGCCAGCAACAAUUG